CACAAUUUAAAAGCAGAGUAACAACAGAGUGAGUCGCAGUUCAGCAGCUCUACGGACGUUUCAUCUCUGUCUGUCUGUAAUUUACAUGUUUAAAAUAGACUUUUAUCAGUUUAGUAACAUGUUUACAUUCUGGAUUUUUAUUCUCUGUCUGACUUUCAUCGUCUGGACUCCGGUUGAAGGUCAGUCUGAGGUGAUUGGGUCAACUCAGCCAAUCAUCGCUUCUCCAGGUGAUGAUGUCAUCCUGCCAUGUCACCUGGACCCUGAGUUCAAUGUGAAGGGGCUGACGGUGGAGUGGUCGAAGCUGAAGCCUGACCCCUCAGAUCGGCUGAGUCGGGUCGCGUACGUCCAUCUUUACCGGCACAGACAGGAAGACCUCGACAUGAAGAUCCCAGCGUACCUCAACAGGACGGAGCUGUUCACAGAUGAACUGGAGCGCGGAAACAUUUCACUCAAGAUCAUGAACGUGACGCUGGCAGAUGAAGGGAGAUACAGAUGUUUGGUUCCCAAGUUGAAGAGCAGAGUGAAGUCGGCAAUUGUUCGACUUGUUGUUGUUGAAUCAAAGUCUGAUGAAACCUGGACAACAGAGACGCCGCAUCACCAAACUCCUGAUCCAACGGAUGAGACGGACGUUAAAGGUGGUCGUCACAGUCGGAGCGCUCUGAUCUCAACUGUGGUGGUUUUCUGUGUCUUACUAAUCUUUGGUGGUCUAGUUGGUGGAUAUUUAUUUAAACAAAGGCGUCAAAAACCAAAUCAUGUGAAGAAUGAUAACGCCUUACUCAAACCAGUCUAGAUGCCUUGCUCAGAGGUACUUUACUGGCUGGUGUUAAAGGAGAUGAGAGCCUUAAACUCACCUUGAUCUUUCUGGGGAUUUCAACCGGACACAUGUGGACUCACUGGAUCAGCAUUAGGGGGGUUUCUACAGUGGAUACAAGCUCAAAUCAUCCUGCUGAGAAAAUGAUGUGCUUCUCAGCUGAAGCUCUUAGAUGGAUCCUGGCUGGAGGAAUGCUGAUCCUCAAAGUGACAUUUAAAAAAAAGAAGCACCGUCUGACCUAAACACAAUUGAUUCAGGUCCAGAAAUUACAACCUGGAGAAGAACUGUGCCAGAAAUCUUCAUCCACAUGAUCAGUAGCAGGAUCGCUUUGCAUCAGCCUAUUGAGUGAAAAACUCUGUGGCAGCAGUUUAGACUUUACACCUCGUCCAUCAUUUCCAACUUUAACCUUGUUGGUUGAUGAGCAACCAGAGGCGACAUCAAAGAGACCCAGGAAUAAGAAGAGAAAGGUUUCAAUGCUUCAUAAACUUUUCGUCAGGGCUUUUCAUCUUGAAAGUUCCAAGAAAUAUCAACACAGGACUGUGAUAUGUAGUAAAAAGAGGAUUUUGCUGCAAUUUUCAACGUUUUGUGACGUUACUGUGAUCUGAGCUCCAGUUUACUUAACUAUAACUGGAGGAAGAAUAUUGUUUUUAUGUAUUUAUGUUACGUGAUCCUGAAUAUUACAACCAAGAAAUUUCAUUUCUUUAUACUGUUAUAAAUCCUAAUGACUGUUUUUGUUUCUGUCACAGUGUUAAAACAGUGUCUCAGAAGGAUGGAGUGAAGAAUUUAGGUUAUUAUGUUUUGUAGUUAUUUUUGUUAAGCUGAUCAUAGAAUUUGAGUUUUUGCACAUGUGAGUUCAGAGCUGAAUUUUCCUUAUAAAGUUCAUUUUAAGUUAAAACGCUCUCCGCUCCCUUAACAUCAACUGUCAAUGUGCCUUUGAGCAGUGCACCCACAGUAUCCCUCAAUAUAGUUGUAUCAGUAUAUCGGUUACAUAUUCUCAUAUUAUUCUGUCAUUUAAAUUACUAUUAUUUCUACAAUAAAAGAUUUUGUUAAAUGUUGAUCAUUAAACUACCUUUUGCACUUUAAAACAGUUAUUGUUACCUCUUGUCAUGCUGGUGUGACACUUGAAAAGAACAAAUCAAAGUACAUUUGAGUUUUUUUCAUCUAUUAAAUUCUUUUUGGGGAUGUCAUUCUGUUAUUGUGACCUGUAUUACAAGGACAUUUUUCAAAUUUUACAUUCUUUAAAAUUUGAUUUAAGUAACACCACUGUUAGAUGAAUAAAGUAGGUAAAAGUUGUCAAAUAAAUCAUAUUUUUAAAUGA